AUGAACACGACAGAAAUGGGUGCGAGCGCUUCGCCCGACAUGAGCAUGUCUCAAAGCGGUGACGAUCCAAUGACGGCGAGUAUUGGCGCUUCAACGCAAAAACCACCAUCCAACUUUCGAGCGUGUCGCGUGUGCAAGGCUAGGAAAGUCAAGUGUGUGCCGGGCCCUGAGGGACAUGCUUGUGCGUAUUGUCAAAGACACGGAACAGAGUGUGUACAGAUCGAACCGCAAGUGAAAAGGCGAAGAACUGGCAAUGUCGGAGAACUCAAGGCGCGCAUUGAACAGCUUGAGGGCAGGCUGCAGCAAGCUAUGGAUGGACCACUGUUAGAACGCCGCCGAUCUAUGUCGCCUGGGAGACACUUGCGUCCUUUAUCAAGGAAACAGAGCGCUUCACCACGCUUUGCGCAUGCUGGAUUCGAUACGCAGAGUCCUGUUUUGCCGCCUUUGCCGAUCAACAACAACUACUUCACUAUGCCUGCUGCUGGAACGGAAGCAACGUCAAGUAUAGCUCCGUAUCCGCCUAUGGGGCCACCAGCACGGUUGUUCGAGUCUUGGCAGGUCGGCAGUGCAACAAAUACAAGUCCAGCGAAUUACACACCUGCAGUCUUGAAUAGUAAUGCGCACAGAGAUGCGACAUUACCGCCGCCUAGUGCUCUUCGCAGUAUCAUGGAGCCACUUCCUUCUGCGAGUGCUCUUCGACUCAAUCGCACAGGGCAGCCCCCAACCUCUUCCGCACGCUCUGAGCGGCCAAAGCAGGAUGGCGACGACGAAGGAAGCGUUGGAUGUGCUGCAGACAUACAAGCAGAUCGAUUGCUUGGCCCUCUGAGUACCUUUGAUGAUCAAUUCUUCGACCUGUGCCUGCAACAAGGCCUCGCAAAUCAAGAUGCCAAUGCAGAAUUACCACCUGAGAAGCGUGUCUUUUGGAACAGCCUCAGUAGACUCUCCUCUGGCGCGCUCUCCAUCUUUCGCAUCUCCUUUCCCAAUAGCGUCAUUGGGAAUUACAGUCGUGCUGAGAUUCCCGAAGAAGCGGCGAAUGAAUUUGCAGCGUGGCAACGACUGUAUGGUGACCGCUUGACAGAGCUAUUCAUGACACACGUUGCACCGCGUGUCAUUUCCCGAACAACGUCAAAAGCACAUUUUGAGGAGCUCAUGACGAGAAGCUACAGCUUUCCCUGUGCAGUCUAUGCCCUGGCGGCAUGUUGCAAUACGGACUGGACUGUACCACAGCGCAUUCGUCGCGGUAAUGCCUUUCAUCGGUUUGCGGGAACCUAUUUUCAAAGGGAAGUGUACCCAAUCACAAUGGAUUCGCUAAAGACCUUACUGCUUCUCUCUGAAUAUCCCGUUCAGUAUGAGAACCUUCUACUGACAUCUUGGUGCGUUUCUUUUGCAUUCGAACUCAAGCUGCAUAUUGAUCCAGAAGACUGGGCUCUACCAGAAGAUGAAAAGUACCAAAGACGUGUCAUCUGGUGGUACAUUGUCAUGCGAGAUCGUAUCUCGAGUAUGACGAAAAUGCAAGUACUCAUCACAGACGAUACACAUGACGUGCGCCUGCCGGAUCUGCGCUGCCGUUAUGAUUUAUGGCUCGUCGCCUACAUAAGCAUUUGCAGUAUCGUUGCGCGCAUGGUCACGACUCUCUACAGCGUCCGUGGCAUUCGCACGCUGAAUGAUCACCCGGAAGUCUCUGCAGUCGUGGCGAAACAACUUGUUGCAGAGCUCGAGGUGCUCAAGAAUCAAGUACGCGAUUCCUAUGCUGAGCAAGCAGCCGUUACGGAGCAAGACCCAGAGAUUUCGCCAGUCUUGGUGCAAAUCUCCCAUUUGCAUAUGCGCUUAAUUAUUGAAGGCGCCAUCAUCAAUGCACAUCGACCUUUCUUGCAGUCCAGUAAACUCAGUGUCUUUGACUCUCUUGAUCACCAGCGAAGACUCGUCAAGGCCUGCAACGACUAUGUCGACUUGAUUGACAACAUGGAUCCUGUGUUGUGCGACGAGCUUUGGCCAUGGACCAUUGCCAUUCUGAACGUCAUUGUAUCAAUGGUUCUGCUUCGUCUGCUGAUGCUUUGCCCAGACGUUGCUGUGCAGCAAAAGGCUAAAGUAGCGCUCGAGACAUUCCUUCGUGCUUGCAAGCGAUUCGGUAAACGUUGGCAUUUCGCUCGUGUUGGUCAAGGUGUUGCGCGUUUCGCCAAUACCAUCACUGGAACACAGGCAUUUGCAGCAUACACGCACCAUGAAUCAGCUGAAGAAGUCGCAGCGGCAGAAGAAGUCGUUGCUGCAGCUGCUGCUGCUGCUGCUGCACAACCAUCGAAUGGUAGUGCUGGUGGACAAGGUCCUUGGCCUCCCUUUGACUACAAUACCCGUGCAGCAUUCAUGUCGGCGCCUGCCGUGGGCGGCACGGAUGAUAUUGGUGAUUGGGCGGCACUGCUGGCCGGUGCCGGAAUGGACUCGCUCUUCCUUGCAGGCAAUUGGGGAAUGUAA